AGCCUAAUCCUCCGGGACCGAGGCUGCGGGGCUCUUGCCUACACACCAGCUUUAUGGUACAUGGAUCAUAACCACAUGGAAAGAACAAAAAAAAAAAAAAGAGAGUUUCAAUUUUGAUGGAUGAUCUUAGACUUGUUGCUUGUCAUAACAAUUUUGAAUUUUGAUUCAAAGUACUGUAUUUCGUGCUGCAAGGGAAAUGCCAAAGAGCUGUUAAGUCAGUCAGGGAGUAAUUGCCCGGUAAGAGCAGAGGAGAAAGAUAUGUUAUGAUAUGAUAUGAUAUGAUUUGCCUUUUGUUGAUUCUUCAAUGUUCAUAUUCUCUCUGUAUCCUCUAACAUAGGCAGAGCUCGGUGGGUGUUCUUUCUUCUCAGCUACCCUUGAAAAUGCUACCUUUUGAAAUCUCACCACUAUUGCCUUUGUUAGAAUCUUGUAAAACCAUCAAACAAGCAUUUCAAGUUCAUGCUCAAAUAAUCCUCAAUGGAUUCCAACACCAUGUCUUCCCCAUUAGCAGACUCAUCUCUUUCUUUGCCUUGCUGGGUUCCGAAGAGGGUCUUAACUACUCUCAGAUUCUCUUCUGCCAAAUUGAACACCCAAAUCGGUUCAUAUACAACACCAUGAUAAGGGGGUUUUCCCAUAGUAAAUUCCCUGAAAAAGCACUUGUCUUCUACUCAUCCAUGCUCCACCAAGUAAACCAAUCUCCGAACAACUUCACUUUCCCAUUCUUACUCAAUUCCUGUGCAAGACUAUCUACCCUUAAACCAGGAGUUCAAGUUCACAGUCAUAUCAUAAAAUUUGGGUUUGACUUGGAUCUUUAUGUUGGGAAUGCUUUGAUGCAUUUCUAUUCGGUUUUCAAACAUUUAAAUGAUGCCCAGAUUGUAUUUGAAGGAAGUCUUGUUAGAGACCUUGUUUCUUAUAAUACCAUGAUAAAUGGGUAUGGUUUAGUGGGCCGACCAGGGCCUGCUCUGCGUCUAUUUAGAAAAAUGCAAGUGUCUGGCGUUGUGCCUGAUGAGUUCACUUUUGUUGCUUUGUUGUCUGCAUUUUCAUCAUUGGAUGAUUGUAGGAUUGGGAAACAGAUUCAUGGUUUUGUUUACAGGAACCUCUCUUGUGUUGACUCUAACGGAUUGCUUAAGACUGCUAUUCUUGAUAUGUAUGCAAAGUCUGGGUUGAUGGAUUUGGCUGAGAGGGUGUUUAGCUCAAUGGCAAGUAAUAAAAGCACUGCAGCUUGGAGUUCCAUGAUAUCGGGAUAUGCUCGACGUGGAGAAACUGCGGCUGCUAGAAGGAUGUUUGAUCAGAUGGACCGACGGGAUUUGAUUUGUUGGACGGUUAUGAUUAGUGGUUAUUCUCAGUCAGGACAAUAUAGUGAAGCAUUGGAACUUUUUGCACAGAUGGAAGAUUUGGGAAUAAGACCAGAUGAAUGUACUAUGGCUGCUGUUCUUUCAGCCUGUGCCGGACUCGGAGCUCUUAGUUUAGGUGAGAGGCUUCAUAGUAGGUACAUAGGGGGUGAGUUAUGCAGCCAAAAUAUUAUUCUUUCGACUGCAUUAAUCGAUAUGUAUUCAAAAAGUGGAAAGAUAAAUUCUUCUCUAAAUAUGUUUCACGGGAUCCCGAAGGGUUUAAGGACUGUUUCACUUUUCAAUUCCAUGAUCUCUGGUCUAGCUCAGCAUGGUCUUGGUGAGUCUGCUUUAGCUGUUUUUAGGGAAAUGGAAUCAUUAGGGCUGAGACCAGAUAGUGUUAGCUUUGUGGCAGUUUUAUCCGCUUGCAGCCACAGUGGGCUAAUUGAAGAGGGCAAAGAAUUAUUUAGAUCAAUGUUGGAUGUCUAUGGUAUUAGACCACAUAAGGAACAUUAUGGUUGCAUGGUUGACCUCCUUGGCAGAGAUGGUUGCUUGGAUGAAGCUUAUGAUUUAAUUCGAAGUAUGCCAUUUGAGGCCAAUUCAGUAAUAUGGAGAGCUUUAUUGGGUUCUUGUAAACUCCAUGGAAAUGUUAAGAUUGGUGAAGUUGCUGCCCAAAAACUUAUCGAACUGGAGCCUGAUCAUGGAGCUCAUUACAUUUUGUUGUCCAACAUGCUUGCCAAUACGAACAAAUGGGAACAAGCUGUGAGAGUUCGGAAGUUGAUGGAAGAUAAGGGCAUCCAGAAGCCACCUGGGUGGAGCUAUACUGAGUUUCAGGGGACCAUUCAUUGGUUUUUGGCUAGUGACAAGUCUCACUUGCAAGACAAGAGGAUUGAAUCCAUGCUCCAGGAUAUGGCAAUGCAGCUUAAAUCUGCCGGGUAUGUUCCCAAUACCGUACAAGUAGUGUUUGAUAUUGAUGAAGAAGAGAAGGAAACUGUUGUCUCAUAUCACAGUGAGAAAUUGGCAUUGGCAUUUGGGCUAGUCAACUCCAGUACCGGAGAAACCAUAAGAAUAAUGAAGAACCUUCGUGUUUGCGGAGAUUGUCACUCAGCCUUUAAGCUUCUAUCUAAAAUUUACUGUCGAGAAAUCAUAGUUAGGGAUGCCAGCAGGUUCCACCAUUUUAAGAAUGGAUGUUGCUCUUGUAAGGACUUUUGGUGACCUAUCUAUUAUCGAUAACCGUAUGAAUGGAAGUGUUAACUAUAGGCCGCAGAACUGCAGAAGCUGAUGGUGUCUCUCACAUGAGGUAAUCUGAUUGUUUGAGGUGGCAUAUUCCACUUGUUAUGUGACGGCUGAAUCAUUAUACAGCUCCGUCUGCUUUGCUUUCAAGAUGAAAAUGGUAGUUUGACACAGCAAGCCUUGAUCCGAGGAUUGAGAUAUUAGACUGCGAUGGCUAUCCGUCAAACUUUGCAUCUUGCAGCUACCAUUGAAACUUAUUCAACAUACCUUGUUCGAUUCAGCAGUUUCGAUCAAGAACUGAACAUGGUUUCAUUUUCAACUAAUCUUUGUGGUGAGAUUGGACUGCCAUUUUCAGGUUUCAUUUGCUGCCUUGUUCUAACCUCAUAUGCAACAUGGUUGCUCAUUGUAUUGAGGAAUUAAGAUCUUCCAAACUGUAGUUCUAGAGAAUGAAGGGAAAACUGUUGCCAUGAGUCAGCAUUUUAUUCUAAGAAAACUAAUAAAUCUUUCUCGGAUUGUUUGCA